CUAGAAUGCAAUUCAACAUAAAUACAAAGAUAACUCAUGCUUCAUAGCAAAUUGAACACAAAAGGGGAGAUUGUUAGAACAUAUUUUUUUGUGUACAAUUUUAAUUGUAUUUAUCUUUUUCUAAUAGAUUUAAAGAGUGGGAUUUCAAUUAUUUAAAUGGGUUGUUCUUUUGUAAUUAGAAUGAUCUGGUACUACGCCUAUAAAUAUAUAGGUAGGUAGCAUAUCAUGCCUAAGAGUUUCGUUAUACACAUUGUCACAUAUUAUUCAGAAUCUCUCUCUCUAGAUAAGUUUGGUAAUUCAUGAAUACUAAGUAUUUCAUCUACAAAUCAUUCUAGGAAUUCAACGAAGAUAUAGUUUUGAUAAUUCAUCUUCUCCAUUCGUUUAUCUUAAUCGUAUGUUUGUUGAUUGACUGUGGAACUGUGAUUUAACAGAUACUCAAGUACUGAAGAUGAAUCUCGUGUGCGUCUGGAUUUCUUCAAGAACAUGUAUUCUAGAUGUGCCAUCAGACUUCAUUCAAUCCGAUCUAGAGCAAUUUGUGAAAGGCAAGGGCUGCAUGCAAGAUAUUGACGAUCCCUCAAUACCCCUCAUCAAAGAACAAAGUGCUAGAAGACAUCAAAUGAGAGAUUGUAAAGAUUUCUUUACAAAGCCUUUUCAAGAAGACAAAGGAAGCAGAGUUGCACUGAAAAUCAAGACAAAAAAAGAGCAACUUGACCAAUCUCAUCUACCCUCUCUUCUACAUUACAAACUCAACACAAAAACAAAGAUACUCGCGCUGUAAUGCUGAUUGAAUAUGAUAUAACACAAAGUGGGAGAUUGUAAGGACAUUUUAGUUGUGUCCAACCUUAUUAUGUAUCUUUGUAAUUUUGUUAAAAUAUCUUUAGUUAUUUAAUAUCGGCUGCUCAUUUAUUUAGGCCCAUUUACCUCGUGUAAUAG